UCCCGCAGCCACCUCCACCGUGCGCUGCCACCACCGCGGACCCAGCCGUUUCAUCGCUAGAGCCCCCAACUCUCGCUUUCUUUCUAAUCCGUUAAAUCAGAUCACCAGGGUGCCCCAGCAUGUCAGACGCAGCCGUGGAUACCAGCUCCCAUAUCACCACCAAGGACUUAAAGGAGAAGAAGGAAGUUGUGGAGGAGGCGGAGAACGGAAGAGAUGCACCUGCUAAUGAGAACACUAACAAAGAAAAUGGGGAACAGGAGGCUGACAAUGAGGUGGAUGAAGAAGAGGAAGAAGGUGGAGAGGAAGAGGAAGAUGAGGUAGAAAGAGAUGGGGAGGAAGAGGGUGGAGAUGAAGAUGAGGAGGCUGAGGCCGCUACGGGCAAGUGGGCAGCUGAAGAUGAGGAGGAGGAGGAUGUGGACACCGAGAAGCAAUAG